CUGAGCCUCCAGAUCGCAUAGCCAUCCUCUGCUCUCGGGCUGAGUUACACUCAUAGAAAUCAACCAAUAGAUUCAUCAAGACUCGCGCGCCAUGUUUGCAGCUCGCGCCCUCGCUAGGCGCGCCGCGCAGACCCCUGCUCUCAGUGCAGCCAGUGCUCGGCCUCUCGCCACGACGCCGCAGCGGACAUUUGUCAGCAAGAUCAGCCGCUACGAAGGCAUGAGCGACUACAUGUCGCUCCAGCAGAUGCAAUUGAUUCGGGACCGGCUCUCGGCCGACGCGUGUGGCGUCGGGACGGUGGUGAGCUCGGACACCUUCUUCUACAUGUGCAAGCGGGCCGCCGCGGACCUGGGCGUGACUGAUGAUGCUCUCAAGAAGCUCAUCUCGAAGAUCGACGAGAACGGCGACGACCAGAUCCAGUUUGCCGAGUUCCAGGACUUCAUCACAAGCAGAGAAGCGAAGCAGCCCGGCACUUUGAUGGACCCGGCCAAGGUCUGCGCCAUCCGCGAGAGGCUGAAGGACGACAAAGUUGGCGUCGGGAGCGAGGUGUCCAUCGACACGUUCUUCAUGAUGGUGCGCUACACGUGCUCCGACCUGGGCGUGACGGACGCGGAGAUCCUGGACCUCAUCGACAAGAUCGACGUCAACGGUGCGGUGGCCGUGUCCGCACGGCCGCGGCGACGGCGUGCUGGUGGGGUAGAAGUGCACCCGACUCACCGCUCGAUUCCCACGCAGGCGACCGCAUGAUCCAGAAGGAGGAGUUCGACGACUUCGUCAAGGAGCUGAUCGGCGUCUAGGACCAAAGCCUGUGUAAAAGUUACG